AUGGACGCCGCAGUUCGAGUGUGGAUAAGAACCUGUUUAACAAAUUUUCACAUCACCAUUAUUGGUGUGUUUAUGGCAGCAGUGUCUACUGGUGUAGCCUACUUUAGUGUUAUGUUUUUAGAACUCUGCCACACAUCGCAAUGGCAAGAGAUAUACCCAAAAUACGAACUUGUAAGACUUUACAGCAACUGUAUAAAAGAUUUUAUAAUUCAAAUUUCACUUCCAUUCGCGUUAUGCUUGAUAACAAAGUUUCCCUUGAGCGAGAUGAGAGUUUUAAUUUCAAACAAUGUUAUUGCCAGUUGUUUUAUUGUAAUUUACAACCUGGUUUCACACAUCUCGCAUUUUUAUGGUAGUCACAAAUUGUUUAAAACCCCGUUAUAUGUUUGUUUUGCAAUAAUGCUGUUCCAUACAACUUGGAUUGUUGCUUCAAGAAUUGAUUGUCGCAGGAAAGGGAUAUUAAAAAUAUGCGUGGUGUUGUUUGCGCAGUAUAUAACAGUGAUUUUAUUUGGUUGCAUUAACUUCUAUGUACUUACCCCGAUAUAUUUAAAUCUUUCACCACUCUUCAAGUUCCUAACAGCUUCAUUUAUUCCGCUUAUUGGUUAUGUAUGUACCAUUAUAUGCAAUAUUAUUAUUGGGUCAAAUGCAGAUUUUGUGGAGACAGACAGAGUUUUUACUUUGACGACAAGUCUGUCAGUAGUGUGUGUUUUACUCUAUCGUACGUAUCAAACCUACAUUGACAAUUUGCAAAAGUAUUUUUUACUAAGCUUAAUUCACGCAGUGAUAAGUUUUUUGGAACGAAUACUUUCGCAGCAUAUGCAAAGUGUAGUUCAUUGUUUUUUAAAAAAACUAAAAUGGAGAAGGAGAAGAUGUUUGGCAAUGGCGAAUAGAUGGAAAAUAAACAGAACAAACUUAAUCAUCGUCAGCAUGAUAGUGGAAAUAUGGGCAAUUACUGUGGCAAAUGCAUUCAUUAUGUUUUACGCUUUUCAAAAAAGAAUACCAUUUAGAGAUGGCAAAGAAUUUCAAUUCGGGGAUCAUGUAAUGGACUUUGCGAAAAAAGUGUCUUUUUCCAUCUUGUUGGAGUUUAUAUUAAACACGAUGGUGAUUUUAUACCUAAAAAGUUUCUUUGGCAUGUCAAUUCCAAAUAUUUGGAGCAGACAUUGGAGAUUUUUCACAGUUAUUAUCUUGUUGAAUACCUUUGUGUGUACACUGUAUCAUGCGCCAUCCUUUGCUUUAACAACUGCUGCCUCAUUUAAAAUUCAUAUGACUCAAGUUGGGAAUGUUGGCUUAGCAAAUAUUUUAACAUAUUGCAACUCUUCUUAUCCGCCGUAUUAAUGCUUGGUGCAAAUGGCGGCAUUUGGCGUUCAUGCGAAUUAUAUGACUAUCUAGUACACUGUUGCGAAAUUUUUCUGGGAUUUAGAUGAGGAAAAUAUUAUUGUGGGAUCGAUAACAUUAAAGGAUUUUUUGUGAAACAGUAAAGUAUUUUAAAUUUUGUACGUAGAGCUUAAACCGAAAAAUAAUAAUGUACUUGUGAUUGUUUCUUUACACCCCGCCAUGACACAAACUCCUUAAUACAAAGGUGAAUAAACUUCACCGCGAUUUUUAAUGAAAAUUGACAAUGCUGCAGGUAGACUUCUCGAAUUUGUAAAAUCCUUAAAAAUCUUUGC